CGGAACGUACCUCUCACCCUUGUUUUCAACAUCAAAGAAUCAAUUUAUCAUCAUCUCAACGACUUUUCAAUUCAAUGUUUGUGGCCCUCACCCCUUGAUCUCGAGUGUCUCAUCGUCGUUUGAGUGAAUUUAAUCUCACCCCCCCUGGAAUUACGGAAUUCCACGCACAUAACCUAGAAAUUGAGAGAGUAAUAAAUCAGGAAAAAAUGGAUUUUUGGAAUUUUUUUUGUGACCAAAAUAGGAAAAUUUUUUAGAGUGAAGUAGGAGUGAAGUAACUCCCUGUGAAUUUAUUUAUCGUGAGGGGUGAGGGGGAAACGUGUGUAUGCGGCCUACUGACCUGACCUUGGGGCGGCCAGACUCGAAAUAAGGAAAGAUGUGAAGGAAAUAGAGGUGCGCAGAUGCCCAACAAGGCACGGCCUCGUCGUGAGUGGUCACCAAAAUCCCCCAUAGAUGUUUUGUGGAUGCCCCGCUCCGCCAUGAGGCCGGCCGAGGGCGACACGUCGGACUGUAUCCUGGUAGUCGGCGUGUCACGUCCAAAAAUGGCCGCUGCAUUUCUAUCAGUCGCACUAGUAUCACUCUUCCUGACAUUCCACAUACUCUACGACAGUGCCAUCUACAGUCUCCAUGCAGCAACUGUUAUUGAAACAAUGGAUGAUGUUACAAAUGAUCUUGAUAAUCAUCAGCACGAACAAUUACCAACGAUUUUAAUAUCCAAUAAAGUACAUUUUUCACGUACUAAUCGUCAUUUACCACAAGCUAUAAUCGUUGGUGUACGUAAAUGUGGUACACGAGCACUUCUAGAGAUGUUAUUCCUCCAUCCGCAGAUACAAAAAGCAGCUGGUGAAGUGCAUUUCUUUGAUCGUGAUGAUAAUUAUGAAAAAGGGCUUGAGUGGUACAGAAAAAAAAUGCCGUACUCAUUCAAAGGACAGCUAACCAUCGAGAAGAGCCCUAGUUACUUCGUUACGCCUGAGGUACCGGAGCGUAUUCGUGCGAUGAAUUCAAGUGUCAAACUACUGCUGAUCGUACGUGAACCAGUGACACGUGCGAUAUCAGACUAUACCCAGCUGCGUACACACGCCGCAGCAGCGGCAUCAACAGCAACAACGACAGUUGAGGGUAGUCAAAAGCCACCAUCACAACCGCAACGUAGUUUCGAGGAACUUGUCAUACGUCCUGAUGGCACUAUCAAUGAGUCAUAUCGUCCAAUAGCAAUAUCCCUUUAUCAUAAUUAUAUGCAUCGAUGGUUAGAAGUAUUUUCACGCGAGCAAAUACUUGUUGUUAAUGGUGAUCAAUUGAUUGAAGAUCCUGUACCGCAGUUGCGUAGAAUUGAGAAUUUUCUUGGUAUUGAGCCAAAAAUUGGUAGACACAAUUUUUAUUUCAAUCAUACCAAGGGUUUCUACUGUCUAAGAAAUGAGACAUCGGAAAAGUGUCUCAGAGAGAGUAAAGGCAGAAGGCAUCCACGUGUUAGUCCAAUUGUCGUCACCAAAUUGAGAAAAUUCUUUAAUGAACAUAAUCAGAGGUUCUAUGAACUAGUGGGUGAGGAUCUUGGGUGGCCGGAGGAGUAGGAAUAUGAAGGAGAGAUGGAGGCUGGUGGAUCACAUUGGUCCUUGACUCGAUAGGAACUGAUACAUAUCAUAGGGUUAAUAGUUGGAUAUUAAGAGAUUUAAUAUUUUUAUAAAGUCCACAUUGGAAGUUGUUAUAUAUCGUUAAUUGAUGGUUUUUUUUUAUUGUGUGAGUGAGGGAGAAGGGGUUCAUUCAAUUGACGCAUAACACGCUUCUCCAGUUAUCAUGGUUUAUUUUUAAUUUAGCUGCACAAUUGAUUAUUGGCCAGUUUUGCCAAGUAAUGAUGGCACUGACACCCAUUCGUGUUGGUCGAUAGUAAAGGGCCAUCGAUUGUAUGUCAACUUAGUGGAGGAGUGAAAUUCUCGUUGACCACUGCUCGUCAAACAUCUUCCAUGUCUAACUAUCGAUGGGCUCUGCCCACCGUUUGAUAGAUACGUGUCGACAAAUUUUGUACACAAAGGAGUGAGCUUGACGCCUCUGUUAGUGACUACACUAGGGGGUUGACAAACAAACUCCCGUGUGUUGAAGGAUUUCAUUUGUCGCGUCGCCAAAGAUUUGUUGCUUUAUUUAUCAGGACUUGGCAAGCAACACACCACCACGUUC